AUGCCGUUAACCUCUCUCGGCCCUGUCCUAUUCUCCGCAUCUUCUUCCUCCUCCAGCGUUAUGCAUAUGGGAGCAGCGCGCACGCCCAUGGGAAGCUUCAUGGGCUCGCUGUCCUCCCUCUCCGCCACCCAGCUCGGCGCCAUCGCCAUCAGAGAGGCGGUCGGCCGGUCAGGCCUAGGGCCGGCGGAUGUGGAGGAGGUGUAUAUGGGCAACGUGCUGAGUGCGGACCUGGGGCAGGCGCCAGCCAGACAGGCGGCACUUGGGGCAGGGUUGCCUGACUCCGUGGUGGCAACCACCGUCAACAAAGUCUGUGCCUCGGGCAUGAAAGCCAUAUGCCUAGCAGCACAGUCCAUCAUGCUGGGGCUGGCGGACGUGGUGGUGGCAGGCGGCAUGGAGAGCAUGAGCAACGCGCCUUACUACCUCAAUAAGGCCAGGAGUGGGUACCGGUUUGGGCAUGGGGAGAUGGUGGAUGGGGUACAGAGGGACGGCCUCAGCGACGCGUAUUCAGAGGACCCCAUGGGGUGCUUUGCAGAGCAGUGUGCGGAGGAGCAUGGCAUAGCGCGGGAGCAGCAGGACGCACAUGCCACUGCCACGCACGAGAGGGCUGCUGCUGCCCAUGCUGACGGCGCUUUUGACUGGGAGAUCGUGCCUGUGGAGGUCAAGGCGUCAAAGGGAAAGCAAACGAUUCUUGUCGAGAGGGACGAACCAUGUGCCAAGUUUGACGCCAACAAGCUUCGCUUGCUGCGUCCAUGUUUCAAGGAGAACGGCACCGUCACAGCUGGCAACGCCUCAGCCAUCAGUGACGGGGCAGCAGCAGUGGUGUUGGCAAGCCGCCAGGCAGCCAGGCAGCACGGGCUGAACGUGCUGGCAGUGCUGCGAGGCUUUGGAGACGCGGAGCAAGCACCCAGCCGCUUCACCACAGCGCCGGCCCUCGCAGUGCCCGUGGCGCUCAAGCAUGCGGGGGUGGAGCAGAGCGACGUGGAUUACUGGGAGAUCAACGAAGCAUUCUCGGUUGUGGCUCUGGCGAAUCAGAAGCUGCUGGGCAUUCCCGAGGAGCGCUUGAACGUGCAUGGGGGGGCGGUGGCACUGGGGCAUCCCCUGGGGAGCAGUGGGGCUCGCAUUGUCGUCUCGCUGCUGGGCGUGCUGAGGAAGCAUGAGGGGCGGGUGGGGGUGGCUGCUGUGUGCAAUGGCGGUGGGGGUGCAUCCGCUGUGGUCGUCCAAGCCGAGCGCCUCAAAUGCCCCGGAGUGGCUGCUGUGUGCAUUGGAGGGGGUGGUGCUUCUGCCUUGGUUGUUCAAGCAGAGUGA